UGAUUCGUUCAAACCAAAGCAAGCAUAAUCCUCAAAUUCUUGAUUUGUUUUCCAGGAACUAUAUUGAUAUUAGAAAAUGGGUGUUCGUCUUCCUGGAGCUAUUCUUGCCAAGCAAAUUCUUCGCCGAUCUGUCCUAACUGCAACUAAAACAGGUUCAGCAUCUUCAGAAAUACCAGAAGGCUUCCUUGCUGUUUAUGUUGGACAAACUGAGAAGAAGAGAUUUAUGGUACCUGUAUCCUAUUUGAAUCAGCCUUCAUUUCAAGCUUUAUUAAGAGAAGCUGAAGAAGAGUUUGGCUUUGAUCAUCCGAUGGGUGGCUUGACAAUUCCUUGCAGAGAAGAUAUUUUUAUUGAUAUUACUUCUCAGUUGAAUAGAUCAUAAUCAAUGACAACAAUUUUGUAUAGAUAGAUUACCAAUGACUUGUAAAACAGUUUGCUUUAGAACUGACUGUAAAUAAUAUACUUCUUCUACCAGUAAAUUUAGAGAUUUUUAUUCACUUGAAAUUAGAAGUUGUAUACUGCUUCCGAUCUCAUUUUCUUCUCUUUCCAUUAGAUUCUGCAAAGAUACAUGAUUAUCAUAUUCCUUUUCAGGAUGAAAGAUGGCAAAACCCCUUGUAUUUUCAAUGAACAAACUACAGGGAGAAAUUCCAUUGUUCCAAAUUACGACAGGGAAAAUCUCAUGACAUUUCUAAACGAAAUUGUCGUGUGAUCAUUUCCUUUCUGGGAUAAAUUGGGUGAUUGUGGUUUAAACUUGAGACGUUUGUAAUGUGAUUCUUGUUGCUUUCUCUUCC